AUGAGAAAACCGACUCAACAAUUGUCCCCUGCUAAAACAGAAGAGGUACAAAAAAAUGAUAUAAAAGAUGCCCGCGACGAAACUGACCAUUUUUCUAAUGUGCGGCCACUGCGGAAACGUAAACAGAUUUCUUACCGUGAUACAAUUAGACCUAUCCCGACGACCAAAUUAGAAAUUGUUUGUAGCCCUGCACCAGUUGAUGUUAGGUCAAUACUUAGUGCAACGCAACGGUCAGCAAAGCAGAUAUCGAAGAAAGCGAAGGUUUAUAAAAGAACUGAGAAAAACGUAACGUUUGCCACUGAACCAACCAAAGUGGUUGACAUUACUCCUCGUUCAGAAAAACAAGCAGGAGUGAUAAACAUGCCUGAAUCACCACCAUUUCCAUACUCGAGGACUACAUUUUUUAACCUCCUCGUUCGACACGAUAUUGUAAGCGAUGGUCAUCCGAUGAGAAACGAGUACAUCAAAGGGGAUGCUGAAUUAAACGACUUGGGAGUUCCUUCUGGUAAGUGCGUCUGUUAUUAAGA